CGGGGCUAACUUCCCUCAUAUACCAUACUAUAAAGCGGGCCAGGGUCGGGGCUGGCAAAGGGAGCCUGGGGCAGUGGAGAGGCCCAGGGGGCCCCCGGAGACCAACUCCAUCCCAGAAUGAGAAAUCCCCGGGCCUGAGUGUCCAAACUGACCCCGGAGUUCAGGGGUUGAACCCGCCCGCUCUGCAGGUGAAGAAAAUGAGUCGGGGGCUCUCUGGGGCUCUCGGAGUGGGCGUCCUGCUUGAAGGUGGACCAAGUAGCCCUUUAAAAAGGCCAAUGGGGGUGUGUGAUCCCUGAGGGAAAGCAAGGGCAGCCCCUCUCCAGCCCUCCUCCCGCCUUAAAGGAGCAGCGACCUUCCCGUUUUCUCCCUGUUGGGCUUGCCUUCAGGUCGACCCUGGAAGACUGGGGCUGGGGAGAAUCCUUUGCUUUCUCGCCUCCCGCCCCAAACUCGGCUUUCAGACUCUACCCCGGGGUGCCAGCCCCGCUACGGUGUUGGUCCCGCAACGCCGUGGGGAGCCGCUCGGACGAUCGGUUUUCCUUUUACAAGAGGCUCCUCCCCCUUGCUGAGGGGAGGGGGCGCAGGGUGGGGCUUCUCCGGAGCCGAACAAAGCCGGCACUCGGUGGGGCUGCGGCGCCCGGGCCGGGCCGGGGCCGGGGCCGGGGCCGUGCGGCCAGAGGAGGAGGAGAAAGAGGAGGGCAGGCGGGGGACCCUCCUCGCUGGUCCCCCGCGCCGCGCCCAUGAACGGGCUGCCGGGGAGCCCUGCGCCCGCGCCCACACCCUCGGCUUGCCCGCUGGAGGGGCUCCCGCCGCUGCCCCGGGGGCUCAGCGGCCUCCUAAACUCGAGCGGAGGUUCGUGGCGGGACCUGGAGCGCGUCUACAGCCAACGAAACCGUAUUCAGGAUGAACUGAGUAGGGCCGGCCGCGCCCCCGAGGGGCCCCCGCAGCCCCCGCGCCGCCCAGCCAACCUGGACUCGGCGCUGGCAGUGCUGCGGAAGGAGAUGGCUACCCACAGGGUCUGCUUCCCUCCGCCCUGCCCCUCUCCAGGUGGGCCUGCGCCAGCUCGACAUGUCUCUGCUGUGCCAGCUGUGCUCCCUGCACGAGUCCAUCCAAGACUACAAGCACCUGUGCCAGGACAUGAGCGUCUGCCAGGACAUGUCCUCGUCCCUGCACUCGGACAGCUCUUACCCUCCGGACACCGGCUUCUCGGAUGAUGACGACGAGCCGCCGGACUGCAGCCUCCCCCGGGACCCGCCCCCCCUCAGAGUGCCCCAGACUCACAAUUCCCGGGACAAGUGGCUCCAGGACUCAUUCAGUCUCUGAGGACAGACCCGGGUCCCUGGUGCCCUCUGGAGGCCCAGCCAUGCCCUCCUGUUUCCCCCUCCCCCAACACACCCCGGGUCGCGCGCGGCUCCACGCGCGCGCACACACACAUCCCCUCUUCCUCCCGGAGCUCCGGCUCCGCUCUUUCACUGUGCUAGUUACGGGAAUGGCUGGCGCCCUUGGGUGGGAGAAGCUGGUUCCCUCCUUCCUUCCCUUCUCUUCCAGGCGUCUCUCAGAGGAGAAAAAGGGACUCAGAAGAGAUCCAGGCUCCAGUUUAUUGCUCACCCAGCUGCAGCCCCAGCCACUGGGGGAUUCGCCCCACCCCCUUGCUGCACCUCCAGGCCUCCCCGGCCGGUAGAUAAGCUCAGCUCUUUAGAGGCCGCUCACUCGCGCAAGGGGGAGGAGCGUCCGAGGAAGUUUAUCCUGGGCACCUCGGACAGAUCCCCAGAGCCUCCCCGCCGCCGCCAGCCAGCCUGCACCCAGAUCCAAGAGGAGGCCAGCUGGCUCUGCUAGAGCGGCAAAGCGCACGGCAAAGGGCUCGGCUCCAGAAUCCACUGAACGCUGCCCCCAGUAGGAGUAGCGGCCAGCAAGCCGUAGCUACGUGUAUAGCACCGGCUUGGCCGUUGGGUAGGAGCGCCGCGGCAGGCCGUCACCUCUUGGGGCCCUGGCCCGGCGCCCACAAAUAAACGGCUCUUAUCUCUG